AUGAGUUCAGUUCCUGAAGAAGACGAUACAACUUGGCAGGACGCUAAUGAUUUCUACAAUCGGGUUCGUCAGAACAUAAUAGCUUUUCUUCUAUUUCUAUUCCUAUACUCGACAUCGUAUUCCUUGCUACAACGGUUUCGCAGGAGAUAUAGGGCUUCAGACGCAGAAGACGAAGAUGAAGAGUUAUUUGGCAUCGAUAAUUUGAUCAUAAUAGUGCUAUGUGCUGCAGGAUUGGCAAUGGCAUUGGCUGGAUUUCUGCUAUUACCUUUCACUAUGAUCGCAACGGCGUUGCUACACGAUGACUGGUACCAUGAAAAUUAUUACCUGAGCUGGUUGGAUAUCAAAUUGUUGGAGACUCUAUGGAAUUACACUUUCACAGGGUGUAACAUCGCCCUGUUUGGGUUACUUCCAUUCGCAUAUUUCUAUAAUGAGACGGAUCUGCAACGAAACUUUUUUGCAAAGGCUAGGGACACGUUAACCAUCAUGUCAUUGGUUGGAAUGUUAAUGUAUGCCUUUAUCUAUGUGUCCAAGAAGAUUCUUGGGAUAGUGGGUAUUCACGAGUUAAUGGUGUUGAAUUUGUUGACUUGCUUAGGAGGUGCUAGUAUUUGUUUGAAAGCGACACCAAGAGGUUACAUUGAAAUAUUUUCGUGGAUCGGUAGACUUCCCUUACGACCGAAUUAUCGCAACUUUCUAAAUAACCGAUUAAGUCAAAUUAAAAUGGACAUCAGCGUUUUACAACAAAAAUUGGACAACUUAGACCGCGGUUGGAAAUCGUAUACAGACAAAAUGAUGUCUCGAUCCACUUCUAUGGUUCCUAUGACAUCGCACUGUCCUUCAUCCUCUGAUAGAUUGUAUGCAUCUAUAAACGGCUUUCCAUCAGUCAAUUCUUCCUCAAGAACGAGUUACCCUGCUGGUGCGAACAGGAGAGAUAUUUUAAUGGCACUUAAAAAUCUUGACGCAGAACGACGUCAAGUUAAGCUUGACCUUGCACAGUCGCCAUUAUAUCGCAACAUAACUUUUGUCGCCCUUUUUCUAUUCAGUCACUGUAUCUGGUUUCUCUUGUUAGUUCAUAUUUCGUGGGCAAUGGUCAAGAGCCUGCUCGAGGUCGAAGGAAAAAAGGACCUUUAUAAACUGGAGGCUGUUUUUGGCAAGCAAACUGUGUCAAUGUUUGGAAAAUUUGGGGUAUUAAGCGAUCUCGGAUUGAUUUUCUACUUUACCGCUGCAACAAUCAUUGGUGUCUAUUCCAUUAAACCGUUUAAGAGAAUCCGUCCCCGGUGGGGUCAAAUGAACGUACAACAUAUGCUUGCCAAUGUCACUGUUUUAUUGAUUAUCAGCAGUUCAUGGCCAACACUGGCGACUAUAUUGGGUUUAACACGAUUAACCUCUGCGGGACCAUAUGACCAUUUUUACAAAUUAAAUGCAGGCCCAUGGCUUGCUUUUGCUUUUCGCUUUGGCACCAUCAUAACUACGGUAUUUUCGGUACUGAACUAUUAUGUCUUGCGAAAUUUACAAAGGGUUGGGAUGACGAUGAUUGGAAAUAGUCCCCAAUCCAACGGAGUUUUACCCAAUGGUGCGCUGAACGGUGCGAUCACGAGAAAUGGAUAUGUCAAACGGUAG